AUGUCGGAUGCCUCCUGGAUCGUCGUCACCGGCGGCGGCACCGGCAUCGGCCGCGCCCUCGUCCACCACUUCUCCAGGACCCACCGCGUGCUCACUUGCGGCCGCCGCCCGGCGGUACUGCGCGAGACGCAGAGGAGCGCGCCGUGCCCUGCCAACGUCGUCACCGAGGCGUGCGACAUCUCGUGCGCGGACGGGCGCGGCGCGCUCGUGGCGGCCCUGCCGGCCGACGCGGCGGUGCGGCUGCUCGUGCAGAAUGCAGCCAUCGGCGACCCCGCACCGCUGGGCGAGCUGGCCGUCGAGCACUUUGAGGCGGCGCUGCGCGUGAACGUGGUGGCCCCGCUCGCGCUGUUCCAGGCCUUCUUGCCGCACCUGCGGCGCGGCGAGGGGCGCGUGCUCCACCUCGGCACCUCGGUCGCCUUUCACCCGCAGCGCGGCACCGCCGUGUACGGUGUGACGAAGAUGGCCUUCCACCGGCUGUACGAGCAGCUCAACGCCGAGCAGGCGCGCUCGCUCGGCCUGCCGCACGUCCGCUACUUCGACGAGGCCUUCGCCAACGGUUCGACGACGCCAGAGCGGGAGCUGGCGCGCUGCGUCGAGGAGCUGCUGGGCAAGGACGCGCACGCCUUCUCCGCACGCGAGUGGCGCUUCUCGGAGUGGCGCAAGGAGCGGCUCGGCCAGGAGCGAGGAGGGCAGCAGCCGGUCGGCGGCUCCUGGAGCGAGUGGCGGACGGGCGCCGCCGAGGCUGAGGCGCAGGGCGGCCGCUCCGAGUCUGCAGCGCGGAAUAAGAGGCACCGCGAUGCAGCCGAGCAGCAGGGGACCUUUGACUGCCCACUCUGCUUCAAGAAGUACGCGAGCAAGGACGGGCGCAACAAGCACCUGCGCCAGGGAAAGUGCUGCGCUGGUGAGGGCGAGCACGCUGCGGCCAUGGAGGCCCUCGGGCUGGGCGGCGGCACGAGCUCUGGCCAGAAGGGCAAGCCCAAACCGCGCCACUCCUCCACCAAGAAGGGCCAGAAGAAUGGCUCGAAGCGGGCCCGCUGA